AUGUCUCGACUGGUAUUAUUUAUUCUUUUGGUGUUUGUUUAUUUGUGUAAUUCACAAUAUCCACCAUCUCCAUUUGGCAAACCGCAAGAUAUUUGUCCAACAGGAAAUAAUCAACCAUAUAAGGUUGAUAAUUUUGUAGGAACACCAUUUAUUUUGACACCAUUCACGAAUGUUUUUACAAAUCCAACGAUUCUUAAUGCAUCAACUAAAACUUGUCGUCCAGAUGGACAUUGUAUGUUUGCUUAUACAAUUGAUAUUUAUGAUACAACAUUAAGACCUUUUGAUCAAGCAGUGGCUGAAUGUACAAAAAAAGGAGGAACAAAAUUUUUAACUUAUAAUGGUUUAAUACCAGGACCAACACUUCGUGUUGCUGCAGGACAUGAAUCAAUUGUUCGAUUCAAUAAUAAAAUCAAUAAAUUAUUUCCACAAAGUUUUUCUCCUUGUAAUGGAAGUAGAAGAGGUCGACCAAUUAGUGUUCAUCAUCAUGGUUCAGCAAGUAUUCCACCGUAUGAUGGAUGGGCUGAAGAUGAAACUUGUUAUUUAGAAACAAAAGAAUAUGUAUAUCCAAAUAAUCGUCCAGCAACUAAUUGGUAUCAUGAUCAUGCACUUCAUAUUACAGCUGAUAAUGCUUAUCUUGGUCUUGCUGGUUUACAUUUAGUAACUUCAAAAUUACAAUAUGGUGGAUGUGGUGAACCAUGGAAUUUAGAAGAUAUUGAAGAAAAACAUCUUAUUCUACAAGAUAAAGUACUUGAUGCUAAUUGUCAAUUAUUUAUUGAUCCAGAAAAAGCACGUAACAUAAGUUUAUAUGGUGAUAUAAAUUUAGUAUCUGGAAUUCCAUUUCCACGAAUGCCUCUUGAACCAAAAUGGUAUCGUUUUCGAAUUCUAAAUGCUGCAGUAUCUCGUCCAUGGUUAUUGAAAAUUUUCAAUUCAAAAUAUGAAGAUAUUUCCAAAACAUAUUGUAAAAUAAUUGCAUCUGAUGGAGGAUAUCGAAUAACACCUAUACCAUUUCCAGAUACAGGAUUAUUAGUUGGUGUUGCUGAAAGAUAUGAAUUUGUAUGUGAUUUUACAACAUUUGCAAAUCAAAUUUUAUAUUUAUGGAAUGAUAAAAAUAAUGAUUGGAUGCAAGGUGUACCUUAUUUUUGUUAUAGUCAUUUACUUUCAAAACUUGAAAUAGCUCCUACAACAUCUGAUUCACCACCACAAUUUAAUGAAAAUAUGCCAAUGCCAAUACCAGAAAGAACAAUAACACGUGUUUUAAAUAUGUCGGAUUAUGAUACAGCACUACAAAUGGCAAAUAAAGGUAAAUUUCAUCGACAAAUGGUAUUUUCACAAAGUAAUAAUAAAUGGAUGAUUAAUGGUGAAACUUGGGAUUCAUUUAAAAUUGCUGCUGCUGAUGUUGGACAAAAUACAUGGGAACUUUGGUAUUUUCAAACUGGUGGUGGAUGGUUUCAUCCUGUUCAUGUCCAUCUUGUUGAUUUUUAUAUGAUUAAACGUGAAGGUUCGGGUGGUAUAAGAAGUUUUGAAUCAAUGGCAGCAAAAGAUGUACUUUAUCUUGGUGCAAGUAAUAAAAUUUAUGUUUUAGCAAGAUUUGGUCCUCAUAAAGGUGAUUAUAUGUUUCAUUGUCAUAAUCUUAUUCAUGAAGAUAAUGAUAUGAUGAGAGCAUAUCGUAUUAUUGAUAGUCAAAAUGGAAUCAAUGCUGGAUCAGCACAACCAUUUAUUCUUAAUGGUUUUGCAAAAAUUGUUUAUAGUAAUUGGUUAUAUGCUGAUCCAAUGUUAAAUCUUACUGCUGCACAACCAACAGUCAACAUGCCAACAUUUAAUUCAGCUUAUAAACAAAAAAUGUUAGAUAUGAAUAUUUAUAGAAUCUUUUAUCCAAGAAAUGAGACUGAUAUUCCUUUAAAUGGUUUUACAAAUCCUUGGAGAUCAACUUGGUGUCCAGCAUAA